AUGGAAGCUUACCUCGUCGAUGCCCAGGAGUGGGCCCAUCAAUCUGUCCGCUACUUGACCAGCAAGGCUCCCGUUGAUCUCUUCAUCGAUCUGGGCAGGGCGGUCGACCGUAUCGCGCUUCCGGCACUCAAACCUGUCGAUGACUGGCUCAACAGGGCCGGAUCAGCCAUUGCACCCCAGGGACUCCCCUAUUUCCUGAAGUUGUUUCGAUCCCGUUUCUCCGUCCAUGCCAAGUACCUUCCUCUCAAGAGCGCCUCGCUCGUCCUGGUCGCCGUGCUCCUCUACUUCCUUAUCGUCAUGAUCGGUGUCCUUGUGAUGAAGCUGCUGCCAAAAUUCCAGGCUCAAUCGUUGAUGCUCGCCCAUAACCUGUUCUUGCUCACUCUGAGCGCAUACAUGGGCUACGGUAUCAUCACCGAGGCCUUCAAGCAUGGUUACAGCCUGUUUUACAAUGCCCCUGAUGAAUCUUCGGCUGGCCGACAGAUGGCCAAGUUCAUUUGGCUGUUCUAUUUCUCCAAAGUAUUCGAGUUUAUCGACACAUUCAUCAUGGUCCUCAAGAAGAACAAUCGCCAAAUCUCCUUUCUGCAUGUCUAUCACCAUUCCACCAUCUUUAUCAUCUGGUGGCUUGCCGUUCUCCUCCAGCCAACGGGGUCAUCGUACUUCUCGGCCGCCUACAACUCCCUGAUCCAUGUUGUGAUGUACGGAUACUACUUCCUCUCCGGAAUCGGCGUCAAGUCAGUCUCGCUUAUCAAACGAUACAUCACCGUGAUGCAGAUGACUCAGUUCACCCUGAUGAUGAUCCAGUCGAUUGUUAUCAUGUACCACACUUUCCCUCAAAUCGUGGAUCUGGCCAGCUGGACCAUCCGCCACACCCGGGACCAGUUCAAAGCCGAUCCUCGAGUCGACAUCAGCUUCUGGCUGGCGGCCCUGUUGUGCGUGUACAUGUGGUCGAUGCUGGGCCUGUUUGGCAACUUUUUCAUCCAAGAAGGCAAACGCCAACGAGCUCUUCGUGGUCAGGCCAAACAUCAGGCAAAGACCAAGAAGACCAAGUAA